CAGCAACACAAUCGAAGGUUUACUUCGGGCUGAGGAUCGCAACCUCCCGCGCUCAGUCGUCUCUCUUCCAGGGAGCGCCACGCACGCCAACGCUCCUUCCUUGCUUGGGUGAUGCCGUGGCUCACGGUCCUCGUGGUGCUGGUGGCGAGUGCCCUCCCGCGCCCCGUCCUGGCAGGGGAACGCUCCGUCGGCUACGUACUCGGCGGUGGAAUGGGCAACAUGCUGCUGGCCAAAGACACCAGACUCUCUGCAAGCCAGACAUUGCUGGGAGACAUAGAUGGCUCUUCAGUUUGUAUAUGCCGGACAUACUGCAUAUUGAAAGUAGGCUGCAAAGGAGUGUCAGCGACGCCUGUUGACGAUCACUUCUUGUGCAGAAUGGUCGGGAAAACAGUAGAUAGAAAUGUAUUUGUAAAUUCUCCUGGAGCGACGUUUAUUUUCUGGGAAAGUACGUAAGACUCUCCUGGUGCUUCAUUUAUUUCCUGAGAAAAUACACAUAACUAUCUUC